AUGUAUAAAAAUUUUUUGUAUUUUUCUUUUCAAAAUUUUCUAUUCAUCAUUAUAUUUGUUGUUUGUUUGACCUCCGAGACAAGCAAACGUUCUUUCUGUAUUUCAAAAUAUAAAAUCCAUGAUGAAAAUAAUACUAAUUUACAACUUGAUAUAGUAAUUAAGAGAGAAGAUAUAGUGUGUAUAUUUUGUAUACAUGAUAUAUAUAAUUUGGAUAUAUAUAAAAAUUUUAUACACUACGAAAAUAUGAAAAAAAACAAAAAUUACAAACAUAAUGAUAAUAAUAAUAAUAAUAUACAAAAUAGUUUAUGUCAUGAUAUAAAUCAUUCUAUCCUUUUUAAACAGAAUAAUUUAUCUUUCUAUAUACAUAAUAUUUUGUUGAAUCAAAUAUAUAAUAAGGAUCCAAACAUUUUAAAAGAAAUAAAUAUACCAAGGAAUAAUACUUUUUACAUUUAUAAAUAUGAUUUAUAUUUUUAUAUACAGAAUGAAAUUUUUUUUUGUUUUAUUCCAUAUUAUUAUGAACAUACUCAAUCAUUUAUAAGUUUAUAUAAACCGUUUUAUAUUCAAAGAUGUGGUUGUUACAUAAAUAUUAGGAAAAAUAAAAAAAAAAAAAGAAAUAAAAAUUUAUGUAGUAAUAUGUUAAGUAUGAGAGACAAUAAUUUAAAUGUAUACAACAAAAUACAGGAUAGAUAUUUGAAAUAUCUUAAAGGUGAUAAUAUAUAUGAUAUGUAUUAUAUUGUUAUAAUAAAUUAUAUAAAGAAGAUAAUUAAAAAAAUGUACAGAUAUUUAUAUAUAUAUAAUAAAGUAUUUUAUCAUAUAUUUUAUUAUAAAAAAGAUAUAGAAAAGUAUUAUUAUUAUUAUUAUUAUUAUUAUUAUUAUUAUAUGGUAUUUUUAUAUAUAUAUAAUAAAGGAUGGAUGGAAUAUAUUUAUAAACAAAAAUUUUUAAAAGAUGAGAAAGAGAAAAUUAUACGCUCAAAAAGAUUUAUGAAUGAACAAAUAAAAGAAGAAGAUGUUGAUUAUAAUAUUGUUAAUGAUGAAAAAGUUAAAUCUAUACAAUCAAAUGAACAAAAAUCAUAUUUAAAAAAUAAUACUCUUCAAUAUUUCCGAUGUUUUCUUGAUAAAGCAGUUGAAAAUAAAAAUGCGAAAAAUGAAUUAGAAAAAUGGAUAGAUCCUCAAAGGAAAUCAUGUUAUUGUAGUGAGGAAUCAGCAGAACCAUGUACAUCUGAAGAUCUUAUGGAUAUAAAUAAUAUAAAUCAAAUAAUAGAUCACACAUUUUGUGAACACAAUAAUAAUAAUAAUAUUGAUAAUAAUAAUAAUAAUAAUAUUGAUAAUAAUAAUAAUAAUAAUAAUAAUAAUAAUAAUAAUAAUAGUGUGGAUAAUUCUAGGAACAAUAUUUUUGUUGCUUUGUCAGAUUAUAAAAUAUUACAAUGUAAUGAUAAAGAAAAAAAAAAUAUUUUAAUAAGCCAAGAAAAAUUAUAUAAUUAUUGUAAACAUGGUUUAUAUAAUUUGGAUAAUAAAAAUUUAUAUGAUUAUUUAAAUUGUUCUAAUGUUAUCAGUUAUGAUAUAACAAAUCAUAAAACAUGUAUAAAAAAAUGUGAGAAUAUAAAAAAAUUAUGUAAUAUACUAGCAGAGUUUUAUUCAUUUGAAGUAUGUAAAAAAUAUUAUGAAAAUAAUAAACAUACAGAAGAUAUAUAUAUUAAUAAUUUUAAAUAUUUUAAUGAUCAUUGUAAAUAUUUUGAUCCAACAAAUAGAGGACUCAUAUUAUGUAAACAUAAAAAUGUCCAAUGUUUUUAUAGUCAAUGGUCUGAAUGGUCACCAUGCUCAAAAACAUGUAGAGAAAAUGAAUAUGAUACAACUUCUAUAAGGACACGCACAAGACUUUUAUUAAAUAAAUUUCAAACACCUUCUAAAUCAUGUAGUUUUAUUAUAAAUGAAAAAAAUAAUUUAAUAGAUAUAAAUUUUUGUUCUCAUUUACCAUCUUGUAAUAUAAAUAAUAAUAUAAUCAAAAAUGACGAUGAUCGAAUCAUGCCAUUUGUAAUACCAUUAAAGGAGAUAGAAAAAUUAAAUACACUCAAAUAUUUAAAUAAUGAUGAUAAUAAUUUAUUAAAUGAUAAUUAUAACAAUGAUCAUUCUGAUAAUAUUAAUAAUAAUAAUAAUAAUAAUAUUAUUAAUAAUAAUAAUAUUAAUGAAUGUAUUGUUACAGAUAUGUAUAAAUAUGAAUAUGCUAUUUCUUAUAAUGAAAAAAAUAAAUCGUGCUCUUGUCCUAAUAAUCAAACACCAUGCUAUUUUAAAGAUAUAUAUAAUUCACAAUAUUGGAAAAAAUCAUUAAACAUAUUAUGUAAACAAAAUAAAGAUAUAAAUGUUAUUACUGCUGAUUAUAUUAUUAUUGAUUGUAAUAUGUCUAUAAGUAUAAAACAAAAAGAAAUUGCCAUUAAUACAUAUCUUGCAAUGACAUUUAAUUGCCACUCAGAUAUAUUCCAUUAUAUUUUUUGUGCAAAAAAUACUCAAUCCAUAAGAACGAAUUUUAUUUAUAUUAUUAUUACAUGUGCUUUCGGAUUUAUUUCAGCUAUAUAUAUUAUACAUCUGUUUAUUAACAAGUGGCAUAUUUUUAAAUUAUUCUUACAUAAACGAAAAAACAAAAAAAAAAAAAUACAAACAUAA